CCAAUAGGGCGAAGCAGGAGGCUGGGCCAAGCAGCUGGGAGAACUGAGUGGAAGAGCUCCUUUGUGUUGAUAACCGUGGAGAGUUACGUGAUUGAAUGGAUAUUUCCAGGUGCUCCGAGAAAUGGAUUAAACAAGAAAAGGAGAGACCCUUUCCUUCCUCAGUGAUGCUGUCCGGUAAAAAAUCGGACCCAGGUUCUUCGUCCGCGGUCCCCGGAGCUGGGAGUGACCGAGCUCCUGACCUGCAGCUUGUGGGUCAGACCGGGGCUGCAAGCACAGCCCCGGGCGCCACGGAGAGCGGGGCUCCCAGUGACCGGACGCCUCGGAAAAAAGAGCAUGCCUCUCCCAGCAGAGAUCCCAGCGGAGCCCCUCUUCAGCACUCCGGCUCCGGCGGCGGGGACGCGGCCGACACUGCGGAAGGCCGGCGCACAAGCCGCCGCAAGAGACCGAAACAGGUGGAGUACAGAGAAAUGGAUGAGAGCCUGGCGAACCUCUCUGAAGAUGAGUACUACUCCGAGGAGGAGAGGAACGCCAAGGCUGAGAAGGAGAGGAAACAGGCGCCCCCCCCACCUGCCCCUCCGGUGGAGGAGGAGAUCGACAGCGAGCCUGAGGAGCCCUCAGGCGUGGAGGGCGCAGCCUUCCAGAGUCGACUGCCGCAUGACCGCAUGACGUCCCAGGAGGCAGCCUGCUUCCCCGACAUCAUCAGCGGCCCCCAGCAGACUCAAAAAGUCUUCCUCUACAUCAGAAACCGCACACUCCAGCUUUGGCUCGAUAACCCUAAGAUCCAGCUGACCUUUGAGGCCACCUUGCAGCAGCUUGAAGCCCCCUACAAUAGUGAUGCAGUGCUUGUCCACAGGAUACACAGCUACCUGGAGAGACACGGGCUUAUCAACUUCGGCAUCUACAAGAGAGUCAAGCCCUUGCCCACCAAGAAGACUGGGAAGGUGAUCAUAAUUGGAGGAGGGGUCUCUGGACUGGCUGCAGCCCGUCAGCUUCAGAGCUUUGGGAUGGAUGUCACAGUUCUGGAGGCCAGGGAUCGUGUUGGAGGACGAGUGGCGACGUUCCGCAAAGGAAACUAUGUGGCUGAUUUGGGUGCCAUGGUUGUGACAGGACUCGGCGGGAACCCCAUGGCUGUCAUCAGCAAGCAAGUGAACAUGGAGCUGGCUAAAAUCAAGCAGAAGUGCCCCCUAUAUGAAGCAAACGGUCAAGCUGGCGAAAGAUGCACCAGCGUGCCGAAGGAGAAAGACGAAAUGGUGGAGCAGGAGUUCAAUCGACUCCUGGAGGCCACAUCCUACCUCAGCCAUCAGCUGGACUUCAACUUUCUCAACAACAAGCCAGUAUCCCUGGGGCAAGCUCUGGAGGUGGUCAUCCAGUUGCAGGAAAAACAUGUGAAAGACGAGCAGAUUGAGCACUGGAAAAAGAUUGUUAAGACGCAAGAAGAGCUGAAAGAACUACUUAACAAGAUGGUGGCAACAAAGGAGAAGGUGAAGGAGCUACACCAGCAGUACAAAGAGGCGUGUGAGGUGAAGCCCCCCAGAGACAUCACCGCUGAGUUCCUGGUCAAGAGCAAGCACAGGGACCUUACUGCACUCUGCAAGGAGUAUGACGAGCUGGCGGAGACGCAGGUCAAGCUGGAAGAGAAGCUGCAGGAGCUGGAGGCGAACCCCCCCAGCGACGUGUACCUUUCAUCAAGGGACCGACAGAUCCUGGACUGGCAUUUUGCUAAUCUAGAGUUUGCUAAUGCCACACCACUUUCAACUCUCUCUCUGAAGCACUGGGACCAGGAUGAUGACUUUGAGUUCACGGGCAGCCACCUGACAGUGCGCAAUGGCUACUCCUGCGUUCCUGUCGCUCUGGCAGAAGGCCUGGACAUCAAGCUGAACACUGCAGUGCGGCAAGUUCGAUACACCUCUUCAGGCUGUGAAGUGAUCGCGGUGAACACCCGCUCCACCACUCAGACCUUCAUUUACAAAUGCGACGCUGUGCUCUGCACCCUGCCCCUGGGCGUGAUGAAGCAGCAGCCCCCGGCCGUGCAGUUUGUGCCCCCACUUCCUGAGUGGAAAACCUCCGCCAUCCAGAGGAUGGGCUUCGGGAACCUCAACAAGGUGGUGCUGUGUUUCGACCGUGUGUUCUGGGACCCCAGCGUGAAUCUGUUUGGCCACGUGGGCAGCACCACCGCCAGCCGGGGAGAGCUCUUUCUGUUCUGGAACCUGUACAAGGCUCCCAUCCUGCUGGCGCUCAUGGCCGGAGAGGCAGCCGGCAUCAUGGAGAACAUCAGCGAUGACGUCAUUGUGGGCCGCUGCCUCGCAAUCCUGAAAGGAAUCUUUGGCAGCAGCGCCGUACCACAGCCGAAGGAAACCGUGGUGACCCGCUGGAGGGCGGACCCGUGGGCUCGGGGCUCGUACUCCUACGUGGCGGCGGGGUCUUCUGGGAACGACUACGACCUGAUGGCCCAGCCGAUCACCCCGGGGCCUGCCAUUCCUGGGGCCUCUCAGCCUAUCCCCCGACUUUUCUUUGCCGGUGAACACACUAUUCGUAACUACCCAGCGACCGUCCACGGGGCGCUCCUGAGCGGGCUGAGAGAAGCGGGGCGCAUUGCUGACCAGUUCCUGGGGGCUAUGUACACCUUGCCCCGGCAGGCCACCCCCACAGUCAACCCCCAGCCCUCUCCCAGCAUAUAGGCGCCCGGGAGGGGUGCCCUACUCCAGCAGUGAACUCACUUCAGUGUGCCUGGCCUUGGCGCGUGUAUUUCUGGUAUUGUAACAACUGGACCUCCAUGCUUCAAGACUUGAGUCUUCACGUCAUACCUUUCUUAGAGCUCAAUAAUUUAUGUUACCUUUCUUCUUCUUUGCCUUUGGCAGAACACUUUUCCCCAAGGCACAGUAACUGCUUUGAGGAAUAUGUCCUUUUUGGAAAUCGCCCCUUGUACAUGUUUUUUUUUCUUUGUAGCGUUAUAGAUGUGGUUAUCUCUUUUUUUAAGAGAAAAACAUAUGCAUAAUCUCUGAAAGCAAUGCCCAGAACUGAUUUACCUGAGGCCAGGUGUAGAUGAGAUUAGAAUGGCUGAAUUAAGAAGAAAGGAAGUCCUGGUCUUGGGUUUCUUAGGCAGCCCUGAACAUGGUAAAGGAAAUGUUUGCCUCAAAAGGUCAGUUGCUAUCCCCUGCCCUUCUGGGAAGAGACAUCUGUUAAGGCAGUAAAUAUUGUGCCUUUGUGCACCGCUGACAGCCUGUUUCUUUACUCAGAUUGCAUGUCAGCUACUGUAGAAUGUAAAGAGGACUUCUUAAGACCACUGGUUCUCAACCUUAGUCCUGGCGUAUUUCUGGGUCUUGAUUUCCAUUACACCUCAACCUUCAUUGCUGAACCCAGACCAAUGUUUUAAUUGAACUGUUUGCUUGAUUAGUAUUUUUCUCUCUGUUUUUGAAUUGGGCAUCAUCCUUUGUUUCUGCUUUUUAUGCUGACCCAGUUUGGAAUCUCCAGUCGUACUUGGUCAAAUCUUCUUGGCUUCGCUUUUUUUUUUUUUGAUUCAAAGAGAAAACGUUUUAACUUGUUUCCUAAAUCCCUGCCCCUCCAUGUUAUCCUCUAUAGAUGACCAAUUAAUGUGCGCAGAUGAGAACAGCAUGUGUGUUAUAGACUCCUGUGGUAGGCAGGUGUUGUUCUGCGUGGUUCCAUUUAAAUUUUGGGCAUCUGAAUGAGGGGAGGUGUGAAACCCAAGCCAGUGUUUAUCAAUACUAAUGGUGAUUUAUAACCUUUUAAGAUGUGAUCAUUACAAAAGUAAUCAAGUAAGUGUUUCAGUUAUGGGUUCGCCUAGAUAAGAGCUUGAAUUGAACUAUGGUUGAGAACCACAGCCCUAGACUGUCCUGUGCCAUAUGCAUUAGGACUAGCAUUAGGAAGUACUGAAAGUCUUUUUUAAGCUGCUGUAACUAUAGGUUUAUUGCUUAGCAGUGAGUGAGAAAUUGCCAGUUUGCUUAUGAAUGAGGGAGAGAUUUAUUUUCAUGUUUUGUAAUAAAACCUUUUUUUUUUACAUGGUUUUUCUUUUAGCAGCUGGUUUAGAAAGUGUUUGUUUUUGUUAUGUUGUUGCCUACUUUUUAUAUUUUGAGAGCAUUUUAGUUUAAAAGAAACUAAAUUUUGUCUUUUUUAUGGGAAAGAGAUAUUGUGAUAUCUUACUUGACCCAAUAAACGUACUACUUAUACAUGCA